CCUUGGCCCAAACCCGUGUCUUAAAAAUAACUCAUCCAACCCCUUCUCUCUCUUUUUUGGUUAUUAUAAUAAGACUUUAAAACACUCUUCUUUCUUGUAUGGUCCCUUGCACUCAUCUCGAUGGAGACGAAAAGCCACUCAGGAAGUGGAAUCAGCCCUAGCGCCUCACCGGAAUUCGAGUUCUGGAUGGUUCGAAACCCCUCUUUCCCACAACCAAACAUUCUCUCCGCCGAUCAGCUCAUUGUCAACGGGGUCCUCCUUCCCCUCCACCUCCUAAACAAACCCGACCCAUCUCCUGCUAUAACCGACUCCUCCUCCUCCUCCUCCUCCGCCGCCACCGCGUCCAAGCGCUGGAAGGACAUUUUCAAAAAGAGUGACAAGAAAAACACAGACGCCAAGAAGCUCAAAGAGAAAAAAAGCGGUGUCACAACUUCAGCGGAGCUCAACAUCAACAUAUGGCCCUUUUCCCGGAGCAAGUCCGCCGGGAACGCGGCUACCCGACCCAAACCAUUCGUUCCGGCGACCCGGAAAGCCAACAGCGCGCCGUGUUCGCGGAGCAAUUCGGCGGGAGAGUCCAAGUCCAGAAAAUGGCCCAGCAGCCCGGCCCGGCCCGGGGUCCAUUUAGGAAGGAGCAGCCCAGUCUGGCAGGUCCGCCGUCCCAAGAAUCCAGUACCGGAACCUCUCAACCCUGACAUCAACAAGUCCAAGCGAGAAAGUCACCGGAGCAAGGUGGUCGGCGGGAGUGGCAGCUCGAAAACGAAGGUUUUGAAUUUGAAUGUUCCAAUGUGCAUUGGUUACAGACAUCACUUCACCUGCAGAAGCGACGAGAACAGUGCCAUUCGUGUCAGUAACCCAAACCCACCUCAUGCUCAUGCCAAUGUUGGUGGUAAACUUUUUACUCUGCGCAGCCUCUUCACCAAGAAAAACGUUGUAACCUCUCACUAGUCUAUCUAAGGAUUGGGGUGUGAAAAAAAAAAAAAAAAGCCGGUUCAAUCGAAUUAGUUUAUUUUUAUAAAAUCAAUAGUUUAAAAAUUAGUUUGAAAACUAAAUUAAAAAUGAUUUCAAUCUUAAAAUAAGUUAAAAACUAAUUCAAUUUAGAAUUGGUUUUUUAAAAUCAGUUUGAUUUCAAACUAAUUUUUAAAUUAAUUUAAUUAUUUAGAUAUAAAACUAAAUGAAACAAAUUCAAUUUAGUUUUUUACCUCACACCCCUACCUAUCGUAAUGGCACAUACACGUGUGAUUAUUUAAUUACCAGUUAGUAUCUACUAGUGCUUAUUUUUGGCUCUUAAUUUGUUUGGGGCUUGUAAAGAAAGAAGAAAAGAAAGCUACGAGUCUAUCUUUUGGUACAGCGUUUGUAUGUAACCGAAAAGGCACCUUUUUCUGGUUACAACUUAGGAUUUUAAACUAGAUUGGUUAGUGUCGUAGCGUGAUGAAAUACCAUCGUUUUGUUCUCUUCCUCUUGCUCCCUCGUGUAGCCUCAAAUGCUUUAUCAAAAUGUAUGUAUUUAUUAAUUAGUUGUAUUCUGACUUUUCCUUUCUCGCUAUCUGCAAGUGGGGCUAUGUCUGCUUCUCAACUUGUCUUUUUCCUUCCUUCUGCCUUUGUGCUCAGAACUCAUCAGAGCAGAGGAUUUCCUUUUGGGAAAUAGGUGUCGAGAGAGCAGAGUAUAUUCCAAUGCUUGCUGCAUCACGCGUCUUUAUUUUCAAUUUUAAAAGACUUCGUUUUAA